AGUGACAAAUACCUGUUGUGCCAUUAAUUUCACACCAAAAACACUUUUAGAAUGAUUCAUAUGUCUAUUGACACUGUAAUUAUACGUAAGAAAUGUUCGUUAGAAAUAGGAAAAUGAUGAGUAACCUACUCCAGCAAAGUCUGAAAGUAUUUAUUCUAGGCUAUGUGCCCGAGGGACUUCUCAAUUUGGUGUUCUCAACUGACUGAGAGUGUUUCAUCAAACUACAUACUCUGCAUAUUCUACGGAGCCCGUAGACCUAUUCACGGAUCUGCUUACUUGUUUUAGAUGAAAAGCUAUUGAAACCUGGAAAUAGUCUGUCAUGCUUCAACGGAAAAUUCAUGCAAGCUAAAAUAAAUAUAUUAGAGACACGGGAAGAAUGGAUCGGGCACAACGAAAGUCUUGUGUAGGCCUAUUUGCUUUACAAGGCGUGUGACACAUUGAAGUGAGUUUGACAUGGCGUGCUGGCAAUGGUGCCGUCGGACCUGCGUUUGUUUCCUGGACAAUGAAGAGAGGCAGACUAUUGCUAUUGACAAGGAGAUUCAGAGGAUUCUCCAAAAGCAGAAGAAGAGAGAACGCAAAGAAAUCAAAGUUCUUUUACUCGGCACGGGGGAGAGUGGGAAAACCACCUUCAUCAGACAGAUGAGGAUCAUCCAUGGAAGAGGCUUCUCUGAGGAGGAAAGACGGGACUUCGCCAAGCUCAUCUACCAGAACAUCUUCACAGCUGUGAAGGCUAUGACCCGGGCCAUGAUCACCCUCAGACUGCCCUAUGCCUACCCAGAGAAUGAGAUGUAUGACAGGUGGGUGCAGGAUGUGGAUGUCUCUGUCACCCAGCUGGACAGAGGCAAUGUGGAUGCCAUCCGCCGUCUCUGGGCCGACCCAGGCCUCCGGGUCUGCUACAGCCGCCGCAGCGAGUACCAGCUGUUGGACUCCACAGAGUACUACAUGACAAAUCUGGACCGCAUAUCAGCCCCAGACUACAUCCCCACUGCUCAGGACGUACUGCGAGUUCGAUUCCCCACCACUGGCAUCCAUGACUACUCCUUCACUGUGGAGAAAAUCACACUCAGGAUUGUGGAUGUGGGUGGACAGAAGUCAGAGAGGCGGAAGUGGAUCCAUUGUUUUCAGGACGUCACAUCCCUCAUUUUCCUGGCUUCCCUCAGUGAGUACGACCAGGUCCUGGAGGAGAGAGAGACCGAUAACCGUAUGGAGGAGAGCUUGGCUCUGUUCUACACCACCAUCCACUCCCCCUGGUUCCUCAACACCUCCAUCAUCCUCUUCCUCAACAAGACAGACAUCCUCGCUGAUAAGAUCCAGGCGUCCGACCUGCAGAAGUACUUCCCAGGGUUCACAGGAAAGCGAUGUGACGCUCAGGAUGCUAUGAAGUAUAUACAGAAGAUGUAUAAGCAGCAGACUCGCAGCCGGGACAAGGAGAAGAGCAAGACGCUGUACCCCCACUUCACCUGCGCCACCGACACCAACAACAUCUGCAAUGUAUUCAAUGCCGUCAAGGACACGGUGCUCCUCAAGGCCCUCAGGGAUUAUGGAGUGAUCUGAUGGACCUGGGGGCCCUCCAGCCUGGGGAGCAACACUCAACCAACACUCAGGGCUGAAGAGACUCUCCCCCAAUCCAUUCCUCGCUCACUUUUCUCCUCUCUCCAUCUCAGCGCUGGGGAUGGGGAUGCUUUCUGGCUAGGAUCUAGGAUCUGAUCAUAGUUAUUUCCCCCUCUGGUUGUUAUUGUAUAAUGUUGUGUGUAAGGGCUUGGAGAUGCAGUGCCCUACCAGUGCUUGAAACUGGACUUGAGAUGUCAUGAAGUGCUGUGCCUCCAUUAUGUUAGUGAUGACUUUAGCAGGUGGAGAGGAGAACUCUAUAGCCCAUAUGUAUCACCAACACCCCCAUGUUGAUAGAAAAUGCCUCUGCUCUAGAGAUCACUACAGAAGCUUCCACUCUAUCUGUGUGUUGAAUGAACGCUACUGUACACGUGUUGUAUCCAUUACAUAACACAACACACCAUUUACACUAAUACGUUUACACUUAUGAGAGUGUGCCACCAAAUAAGGCUGGUGUAACAUUUUGUAUUUGGUUAGUCUUUUCAUUUGUUUUAUUGAUUGAUAGCUGUAUUCCAGGUGUGAGGUGUGGUGAAGGCGGGAAAUGUGAGAGACGAUGGGUUCCCCUGACACAGUAUGUUAUGCAAUGCAAUGCUGUACUACACUGUUAGGAUUCUUGGUUUGGUUCAUUGUGGAUGUUCUUGUCUCUUCCCAUAAUGUGCUUGCUUUUCGACCAAUCACUAACUGCUAUACAUUGAGUUCAUAUGGGAACAACAAUACCAGUGAAUCAAUACAUUGCAAUGUGUCAUUUUGUAAUUUGGGUGGUUUCCUUACCCUGCAGCAUUCUAUGUACAAGGUAUGACAGUAAUCCAUGUUUUGGUUUAGUUUCCCUGGCACUGUUUCCAAAUGCAAAUGUUUAGCAUUUGUAGCACAAAUCCCAUUCAAGUCAUGGGACCGAUUAUUAGCAUUUUUUGGGCAUCAUGUUCAAAUCAUCUAUAAGUUACUUUGGUGAGCUUCACGAUACUUUAGGAUAAUUUGGACAUAAAUGAUCAAAUUGGUCCCAUGACAGAUUUGUGCUACAAAUGUUGGCAUUUGGAAAAUGUGCAAGGGAAACUAAACCAAAGAAUGGAUUGCUGUCAUACUGUAUCUUGUACACAGACUGCUUACAGGGUAAGGGAACUAAUGUGUCAUUGUGUAAUUUGGGUGAAAUAUCCCUUUAAGAGCAGGAGCCAAGUACAGGGUUAAUACUAGCUGGCAGGCAUGCUGCUGUUAAUGCUAUUAGGUGGUUGAGGGAGGCCAGUAGAAAUGAAAGCCUGGUAUCCUGAGCGGUUCAAGUCUUGCUACUGUCUGAUACCUCCAAAAAUCAACAUAAAAAGAACAGAGUGUAGUUGUGAUGUGAAUGGUGAUAGGCUACAGCCCACGGUAGGGCUUUGAUUUGAGCGGUGGAGUUUCCUGAUCAUCUCUUCGGGCUGUGCUGCGGAGUGUCAUCAAAGGUUACACAGCAAAACAAGGAUUUAAUCAUUGUAUUUAUUAUUAACAUCUCUUUAUUUAUCGUUGGCUAGCUCUUUUACUCUGGUCCCGAUAUCCAAAUUUAUGUUCAGUCGAUAUUUAGCUCUGUAGGCUUUGGCUGUGCUCAAAUUGUUACUAGGUCGGUAGGAUUUUAUAUUGGAUUUUAUAUUGGUGCAAUUGAAGCAAUAUUGUCUCUAUACAUAUGAGUGUAAUAUCCAUCUCAAUAUGAGUGAGUGGAGCAAUGUGGAGUCUGUCUGAUAAUACAGUUAUUAAUAUUCUAACCUGUGUGUGUGUGUGUGUGUGUGUGUGUGUGUGUGUGUGUGUGUGUGUGUGUGUGUGUGUGUGUGUGUGUGUGUGUGUGUGUGUGUGUGUGUGUGUGUGUGUGUGUGUGUGUGUGUGUGUGUGUGUGUGUGUGUGUGUGUGUGUGUGUGUGUGUGUGUGUAAAGAAACUUCAAGAUCAGAUUAAAACCUCUUCCAUUUAAUUGAAUACAGUAAUGACAAAUUGACUUAGAUCAUGUAGUGUAGUAUUCAUCUAUUUGAUCAAGAUUUCAGAAUAUUGCUUUGGGACAGUGUGAAUAAUGUAUACAGUAUAAGGAUUUGACCUGUGUUUUCUAACUUUUGACCAAAUAGCUUUUUUGUAAAGGAUUUGAGUCUGAAUGUGCAACUGUUGUAUAGCUAUAUACUGUGUCUUCCCCUGAAGAACUGAACAUGAGCCCUGUUGUUGUGAAAUAUUGUGUUCAGCUUAUUUUUAUAUUAGACAACCUCAUCAAUAGCUACAGUAACUGGAGUUGUUGUAUAUCUUACAGACUUAAACAUUGGGAGAACUCUUAUUUGGUGCAAAUAUUUUGUAUAGAUUUGGCAAGAAUUUGGUGGAAAUAUUUUCAGAUUAAAGAUAUGUUUUGACAAAGA